UCUUUUCCAAUCCCAGCUGAGUGGAAGAACAGGGCUGAUCUGCUCCUCUCACAGCAUUGCCCUCUCUGGCUUCCAAGGAAUGAACUUCCUUGCCACAAUGAAAAGGUCCAUAUCCAGAGCCUACGCCAGUCUCCUCAAAUGUCAGCAGCCACUGCCCCUUAUUGGAGUCUCUUCCAGGCACUUCUCAAAAGAUGAACAUCCGGUUAUGCCACCCUGUGAUUUUGAACCAGUAAAGUAUGAGUCCGAUCCAUUUGAGCGCAUCCUAGAGAUACGGAAGCAGAGGAUAGCACCAUCGCUCUACACAAUAUAUAAGAAACCAUUAUUGCUGCACCAGGGACACAAGCAGUGGUUAUUUGACAAUGAAGGCCGUCGCUACCUGGAUCUUAUUGCUGGAAUCGUCACUGUCAGUGUUGGCCAUUGCCACCCGAAAAUCACAGAAGCUGCUCACAAACAGUUUGGCCGCCUGUGUCACACAUCCAAUAUCUUCCUAAACCCCCCAAUCCAUGAAUAUGCUGAGAAAUUAACAGAUCUCUUACCUGGGAAACUAAAGGUUGUCUACUUCACCAACAGUGGCACAGAAGCAAACGAAUUGGCUAUGCAAAUGGCAAGAGUAUAUACUGGCAACUGUGACAUAAUCAGCCUCAGAGGAGGUUAUCAUGGAAGCGGUCCAACAGCUGUGUCUGUAACAGCAGUGGCGUCCUACAAACCUGGUGUGGCCACCAGCUCCAACUGCUACACGACAAUGUGUCCCGAUGUGUUCCAUGGUAUCUGGGGCGGCAGUCACUGCAGAGACUCUCCUGUGCAAACUAUAAGAAAAUGCAGCUGCUCCCCGGGUUGCUGUGAAGCUAAAGACCAAUACAUUGACCAGUUUAAGGAAACACUAUGCACCAGUACUGGGCAAAGGGUAGCUGCAUUUAUUGCUGAACCAAUCCAGGGAGUUGGAGGAGCUGUUCAGUACCCCAAAGGAUUUUUAAAAGAAGCAUAUAACCUUGUCCGAGAGAGAGGAGGUCUAUGCAUUGCCGAUGAAGUUCAGACGGGUUUUGGAAGAACGGGAAGCCAUUACUGGGGAUUUCAGACUCAUGAUGUCAUGCCUGAUAUUGUCACAAUGGCAAAAGGAAUUGGUAAUGGUUUUCCGAUGGGAGCUGUUGUAACAACCCAAGAAAUUGCCAAACCCUUUGCCAAUUUUAUGCACUUCAAUACAUUCGGAGGAAACCCCGUGGCCUGUGCGGUGGGCUCUGCGGUACUUGAUGUCAUUGAGGAGGAAGGUUUGCAGAAAAACUGUGAAGUCAUUGGAACCCAAAUGUUGCUGGAGUUUGCCAAACUUCGAGAUAUGUUUGAGAUCAUUGGAGAUGUUCGGGGAAAAGGACUAAUGAUUGGAAUAGAAAUGGUUAAAGAUAAGGAAUCCAGAAAACCACUCGCUGCUCAAGAGAUGAACCUCAUAUGGGAGGACUGUAAAGACAUGGGGGUGCUCUUUGGAAAGGGAGGCAUAUACGGACAGACUUUUCGGAUCAAACCCCCGAUGUGCGUCACAUCAGAAGAUGUCGCCUUUGCUGCAGACGUUUUUCACCGAGCGCUAACCAGGCACAUGGAGAGGUCCCAGAGAUGAGCAGCCACUGAUACGUUACGUCUGUGUCUGAUCCGCCGGCAGUGAUACUGACCUUUAGCAAAUGGAAGCACCCAAUCCCCAGAUAAAGGGUUUAGUCUAUUUAGUGGUUGAAAGGUAUUUUGUAUUAAUAGAAAUCUCUAUCAUUAUAGCUAUGUUAAGGAGUCCCAUGGCGGCUGCCAUGACAUUUUCAAGCAGGUACAACCCAGACCAUACGCACACAUAACCAUUUUACCUCGAGUGAGAAAUAAAUCAGUCUUUUAUUACACA